AAGAAGAUCGUUCAAUUGCCGGUUGGAAUGUUGAAGAUAUGGAUAAGGUUCAACUUAAAUUUCAUCAAACUGUUAGAAUUAAUGAGGAUAAAAUCCAUAGUUUAUGUGUUUCUGAUGAUAAGGAACUUGUUUAUAAUGAAUAAUACAAAUAAGAAAAUCGCACUAAAUUUAGAUACAGAAGUUGCUAAUCCAAAGUAUUGUCAUUGUACCUUUAAUUUAAAACGUGAAUUUAUUUUAUAUAAUGUAUUUUACGUUCAUAAUGUUCUUGGAAAUCAUAAAAUUAUUUGGAUUUAUUCCACACAAAUUAAAAAUAAUAAAUGGGAAUGUAAGAGAUUUUACAGGAUGCCUGAAGAUUAUGAAUUAAUUAGUAUAUCAAAAUAUGAUAAUGUUUACCUGUUUUCAAAUGAUUACAUUUAUGAAUGGAAUAUUAAUACUGAGAAAAGUGUAAAAAUAUUUGGUAAUAAUAAGGAUAAGAAUAAGUUUGAAACAAAAAAUAUCGGAAUAUUCAGUGAGCAAACUAAUACAUCAGGUAGUAGUAGUACAAGUGGAUCAUCAACUAAUAAAACUGUCAAAAAAGGCCUCAGUAAUGAAAAGUUUAUUUUUCUAAGAAUCAAUGAUAAAAUCAUUAUUUAUUCAAUAGAAUUGGGAAUUCCUAUUGCUUCUUUGGAUAUAAAUGAUGGUAACCAUUUUUAAAUAUUCAACUAUAUAAU